GCCCUUCUCCGCCAUAGCUGUCGCUUUCCUAUGACGUAGUAUUCUGCUUUUACUAUGGCGACUCUCUGCUAACUAAAAGGCAAAAUGAUGUUUUUGUAGCACGUACGGCAGCCACAAUUCAAGGAGGGGGGGGGGAAAAAAACACAUUUACCAGAAUGACUAACAGAACGUCGUAUUUUUAUGACCCUGACGUGGGUAACUUUCAUUACGGUGCUGGUCAUCCUAUGAAGCCCCACCGAUUAUCCCUGACUCACAGCCUGGUGCUACACUAUGGACUCUACAAGAAAAUGAUGGUGUUCAAACCAUACAAAGCAUCCCAGCACGACAUGUGUCGCUUCCAUUCUGAAGAUUACAUUGAUUUCCUGCAGAAGGUCAGCCCCAACAACAUGCAGGGCUUUACCAAGAGCCUUAACACUUUCAAUGUUGGAGAUGACUGUCCGGUCUUUCCAGGUCUUUUUGAGUUCUGCUCUAGAUAUACAGGAGCCUCUUUGCAGGGUGCCACUCAACUCAAUCACAAGAUCUGUGACAUAGCUAUCAACUGGGCCGGAGGUUUGCACCAUGCUAAAAAGUUUGAGGCGUCGGGAUUUUGUUACGUCAAUGACAUAGUCAUCAGUAUACUAGAGCUUCUCAAAUACCACCCAAGGGUCCUGUACAUUGACAUCGACAUUCACCACGGUGACGGCGUGCAAGAAGCCUUUUACCUCACCGAUCGUGUCAUGACCGUGUCAUUCCACAAAUAUGGCAAUUACUUUUUCCCUGGGACAGGAGACAUGUAUGAGGUCGGAGCAGAAAGUGGCCGCUACUAUUGCCUCAAUGUUCCUCUCAGAGAUGGCAUUGACGACCAGAGCUACAGGCAGCUUUUCCAGCCGGUUAUUAAGCAGGUGGUGGAUUUUUACCAGCCUACUUGCAUUGUUCUACAGUGUGGAGCGGAUUCUCUAGGCUGUGACAGGUUGGGCUGCUUUAACCUCAGUAUACGAGGACACGGCGAGUGUGUGGAGUUUGUGAAGAGCUUUAAGAUUCCUCUGUUAGUUCUGGGAGGAGGCGGAUACACUGUUAGGAACGUUGCUCGAUGCUGGACAUUUGAGACAUCUCUAUUAUUGGAUGAAUCUAUAAGUGAUGAGCUGCCAUACAGUGAGUAUUUUGAAUAUUUCGCUCCAGACUUCACACUGCAUCCUGAUGUCAGCACCAGAAUAGAAAACCAAAACUCCCGACAGUAUUUGGAGCAAAUCCGUCAGACGGUGUUUGAGAACUUGAAGAUGUUGAAUCACGCACCCAGUGUCCAGAUCCACGAUGUGCCCUCGGACAUGCUGAGCUACGAACGCACUGAUGAGCCCGAUCCUGAUGAGAGGGGAGGCGAGGAAAACUACACGCGGCCAGAAGCAGCUAACGAGUUCUACGAUGGUGACCAUGACAACGAUAAAGAAAGUGAUGUGGAAAUUUGACCUACUAGGAGUUUCUAAAAAGCUGUUGGCCUUCUGCCUUUUUUUGUAUCGUCAUUUACAACUAUGGACACUCAGCAUUGUGGUUUAAAUGUUUUGUAUUAUAUUCACAAGAACUUGUCUGCAUUUUGAUAAAAGAUUUUAAAUGUCUUUUGUGAUCCUGUUCAUUGUUUUGUUAUACGAUGCCACCUGACAUGUUGCUUUUUAAGGUUUGGCUAAUACUGUAAU